AUGAGAUUCACAAAAAUCAAAGCCAUUGAAGUGAAUACCGAUUCAGAUUCAGAUGGGUUUGAAGAGGUGGGUCCCCUCACUACCGAUGCUAUGAGUGCACCAAAUAUUGAACCAUUGAAUGUCAAAGAGAGUGUAGGUUUAAGUGAAACGGAUAGAGUUGGCACAGAAGAGGAAUGUGUGGAUGGAAUCGAUGAAAAUAAGACUCAUUUAAACACUGAAAUCAAUUCACUUGCAGACGAAGACUCGUUGAGUGAUAUACCAGAAGAGACUAUUAAAGGGUUAGAACCGAGUCCUUCCAAGUCGUCCACUAAUUUUGAAAGCAUUUCACGCGAAGAACUCAUUAAUUCUUACCGCGAAGUCAAUAAUCAAAAUCGUUUGACAAACCAUACAACGGACCAAAUGAUGAGUGACUGUCAGGAAUUGCUAAGACUUUUUGGAAUUCCGUUUAUUUUGAGUCCAACCGAAGCUGAGGCCCAAUGCGCUGCUCUCGAGCUGUUAGGUCUGACCGACGGCACCAUUACUGACGACAGCGAUGUAUUACUAUUCGGCGCUCAGAAUGUAUAUAAAAACUUCUUCACAGAAAGUAAAUUCGUGGAACUGUUUACAGCCAAAGAUAUCGAGACCAGGUUUGGAUUAACCCGGUCUUCGAUGAUCUGUAUUGCGUUGCUUUGUGGCAGUGAUUACACGGACGGUGUCGAUGGUGUGGGAGCCGUGACGGCCACUGAGAUUUUGAGUGAAUUUCCUGGCGAUGGACUCAAACCACUGUUGGAUUUGAAGGAUUGGUUGACAACUAAACACAAUUCCACAGACAAGAGACCCGAUAAUAAAAUUCGUGAGAAAUUCUUGAAGAUUAAAGUCAACGAUUCGUUUCCAAAUCGAGUCAUUUUCGACGCCUAUAUGAAUCCGACGGUUGAUAAGUCCGAAGAGAAGUUCUUGUGGGCUAUGCCUCAACUCGAAGAACUCAGACGUUAUGCCAGCACUCGGUUCGGUUGGACUCAAACUAAAACCGAUUCAAUACUUUUACCCGUUUUGAAGAAAGUAAACGAAAAACAAACGCAACAGACAAUUGAUGGUUACUUCAAAGUGCAGGUCCAGCCCAAAGAGACGGCUCUCCUCAGCAAAAGGUUAAGUAAAGCAAUAAAUAAAUUGCGCGGAAAAGAGAGCGAACCGGCGAUGAGUGCCUCGACGUCCAGCAAAACGAGUCAAUUGACGAAUAAAGUGAAAAAUCAGAGGAAAAAGCGUCCGACAAAUGUGAACACAAAUAAAGUGAAUCCCAAAUCAAAGAAAAGAAAAACAAACACAAGAACUCAAACGCCCAAAGAGUUAACAUUAUCUGAAACCAGCAGUGAUUCGGAUUAAUUAAAUCCUGUUAUCAUUUCAC